AUGCUAGCCGCGAUCUCAAAAUUUUUGUAUUUACAAUUAGUACAAAAUGUGUGUCUUUGUUUCACAGAUUUUCAAUACGAAAUAAUAAAAGUUGGAACUACAGGCAAAUCCGUCAUUAUGUACCAAAAUUAUACAUUUUCUUACCAAGGUCCGAAGAAUGUAAAGCUGUAUCCAUACUGUUCGAAAAAGAACUCGACUAAAUGCCCAGCUAGACUGAAACUAGACAAGGAAGGCAACAUUAUAUAUGCCAUUACCGAACACAAUCAUCCACCGCCUAAAUAUACGAGAGCCAGCGGUGGUUUAUAUAUUAAAAUUGACUGA